AUGCCCAAUAAUGAACAUCGUCCUUGUUUUGGAUUUGAAGAAGUCCUCAGGGAAUAUCGAAGAAUUACUCCACAUUUGAAAUUAAGUGGACCAACGAAUUUUGCUCCUCUCAUAGAAAAAGCAAUUGAAACUGUGAUGGAAAGUGGAAGAGGUCAAUAUCAUAUUUUAAUUAUUAUCGCAGAUGGUUUGGUUGUGAAUGAAAAAGAGACACGAGAUGCCAUUGUAAAGGCAAGUGAAUACCCAUUGUCCAUUGUCAUGGUUGGUGUGGGUGAUGGUCCAUUUGAUACCAUGCAUGAUUAUGACGAUAACUUACCUGAGAGAAAGUUUGAUAAUUUCCAAUUCGUGCAUUGGGACGAAAUUGCCAAGCUGGCUCGUGAAAAGCGAAAAUCAGUAGAUGCCACUUUUGCGUUGCAUGCUUUAAUGGAAAUUCCACAACAAUAUAAUGCUAUCAAGAAACUUGGUCUUAUUGGAAAGAAGAGUCCAACCUAUAAUCCAAAUUUUCAACCAAAUGUGACACCGAAUUUUGAGCCUUACUAUCCAAAACAACAUUCUUACUAA